AUGAACGACCCUUCACUGGCAGCCGGCAACAUGACUAGCACAAGUUCAACACCCGGCCAGAGGCCCGUCUCGAAAGCCGAAAGCUCAAAUCCCCGCGAAUUCCAGAUAAACCAGCUGAGGCGACGCUUUCGUCCGGCUGAGAGCACGGAUGGUGUGGGCACAACGCUGACAUUUGGGAUGGCUCCUUCGGACCCGGACUUUCCCUUCGAAAUGGACAAGCUGCAAUGCGUUUUGCAUGUGCCUCUAUCAUAUCCUGGUCGUCAGAGACCCACUCUGAAAGUGACCAAUUCCGAAAUGGGCAGCGCUUUUCAGGAUAAUGUUGCGCGGGGAUUCGACGACAUUGUCGACAGCACCCUGAGGAGUGGUGGCCGUGCGACCUUGUUAACCUGGAUGAAUACGCUAGACCGACACCUUGAGCGUUUACUCACGACUACGGAAAGAGGUCCCACGCUGAAGUUUGUACCAAAUGUGGGUGGCAAGCAGAAGCCAGAGAGCCAAUCGAUUGUGGAAGGGGUGAAAUCCUUGGCCGUUUCUACUCCAGCGAGUAAGCAAGACACGGAACCAAAGCCGUUGUCUGUGCCAGAGGUUCCCUCUCGGGUAUAUACCGCAGAGGAGAAAUCACAAGCUGAGAAGAGGAGGACUGUGGAGACUAAACAAAUCGAAGCUCGUCUUGGAAGACUACCUUUGUUUCAGAAAUCAAAAGAUGGGCUUUCGUUUGUGAUUCCUAUACAGCCUCCCAAACCCGACCGACUACCGAUUCCGAUCCGUUCUGUGAAAACAGUCAAGUUAUCGGUGCCCCCUUUGUACCCACUAGAACAGAGCUCUGUUGAGCUCCAAGGUGUUGAUCGUGCAGAAGCGCGGCCUGUCGAAGUGGGGUUUGCGCAGUGGGUUGAAGGAAAUUCAAAAUUGAAUCUCAUGUCGCAAAUCAAUUACCUGACGGCCAAUAUGCAUAACUUCGCCAAAACGCCGCUUGAGAUUCCCCAGGAGACUAUUCCUGAUGCAUCACCUGAAUCGCAUACCGACUCUAAAGCCCCUGAAGAUAUAUCGACGACAACAAAUGGCUCGACACUAGAAGACAAACCUCACGUCCAUGUCGUUCCACGACCUCCAGAAUGGACAGUGGGUGAGCGCAGCAGCGAGAGCGAAGGUACGGACAUGACCGAGUCUGAAGAUGACUUCACAGGCGAAGAUGAAGAAGAUGGCGGAGCCCCAGUACCAGCGCUCCCGGAAACCACUGUAGAACGUGGUGUUGCCUUGUCUUUCCCCUUCUUGGAAUUAUAUGGAAUUGAACUCUUAGAGCUUGUCGGCCUCUCAAUCACGAUCAAAUGUGAUCGAUGCAAGGAGCAGAUGGACGUAAAGAACGUCCCUCAGGCCAAGGACAAAGCUGAUGCAUUGUCGCCCAAAGUUGAGUCGUGCAAGAAAUGUGCCAACACUAUGAGUUUUGGCUUCCGUCGACAGUUAAUACAUCCUAAUUCAAACCGCGCCGGCUAUCUUGAUUUGGAUGGCUGUACUAUCGCCGAUCUUCUUCCUAGCAGCUUCAUUCCAACAUGCGCUGAGUGUUCAAGCCCCUUCCCUGCACCCGGUGUUGUCGCAGUACGCGGUGAGAGCGCAUCGGCGUCAUGCCGCCAAUGCCAUCGCAAGAUGGUAUUCAAGGUCCCUGAAGUCAAAUUCCUCAGGGUAGGAUCAGCCGCAUUUACUUCUCGUAACCAAGCACUGCCACGAAAGAAGCCAAAGGAAGCUCUUGGCAUUGUUGCUGGUCAAGAACUCCCGCGCCGUGGUCGCUGUUCGCACUAUGGCAAGAGCUAUCGCUGGUUUCGAUUCAGCUGCUGUGCCAAGGUAUUUCCUUGCGAUAAAUGUCACGAUGCGGAGACAGACCACCCCAACGAACACGCGAACCGUAAACAAGCCUUUGAAAACAAUCGAAGGCAGCAUGUACAUACAAGACUACCGCAUUCAUACAAAAACACUUCUUGA